GCAGCUUGAUGCAAAUGGACGCCAGCGAUCCAGAGGCCGCCGCGCUAGCUUGCACGAGACGUUCGGCGAAGCCGUUCAGGUCCACUUCGCGCAACACUAGCUCCAAGGGGGUUGGAGUCGCGCAUAUCGAGUUGGGGCCGCUAGGCAAGAAGCUGUCGCAGUCUAGAGUGAACCGGAAUUCCUUCAGGCAUCGAAGCGGAGCUACGAUCCUGGAUGCCACCGCGUUCUGUUCGUAGCGCAAUCAGUCAACGCCCUCUCUGUUCAGCGACACAGCGACUUACGAGAAUCCGUAGCGCAUCGAGGUGCUCCUCGCCUUCAUCCGCGAUCACCUCGAUGUGAAGCGUUUCCAGCCUCCUCGCACCCUGCUCGGCGAAGAUCUCCAAGAACUCCUCGUCCCGGAACCAGUCUGUAUUCCAGAACGCCAGGUCCAGAUGGACGGGUCGAGCAUCGUGCAGUACCUC